CAAACAAUUCAAUGGAGAAUAUGGCUGUGACUGGUGUUUACACCCUGGCACAGUGGUAACAAAAGGCUGUGGAUCUGUGAGGUCAUACCGAUAUGAUGAAACUAAACAAGCAUCAAGAUCAAAGAAUAUGUUUGUUGAAAAUGCAAGAGAGGCUGAAAGCUCCCAUGAAAACACCUCAGAGUAUGGAGUAAAAGGAAUGUCCUUACUUUCCAGACUUCCUUUGUUUGACAUUGUGUUUGGAUUUGUACCCGAAUAUAUGCACUCAGUUUUAGUUGGUGUGACUAAGCAACUCUUUGGAUUGUGGCUGAACUCAGAGAACUCAAUGAAAGACUGGUAUGUAGGUCAACAGAUUUCACAAAUGGACUCUUAUCUCCAAAUGUUAAAGCCUCCAUCAGAAAUGAGCAGAUCUCCACAGUCACUGAAGGGUCGGGACACUUGGAAAGCAUCCGAGUGGCGAGCUUUCCUUUUAUUUUAUGCUGUUAGUGUCCUACCAGGCUUUCUCCAGCCUCCAUUUCUCCAACAUUUUUUUUGUUUGUCGGUCAGCAUUCACAUUCUGCUACAAGAAUCAGUCUCCCAAAAUGACCUUCAGCUGGCCCAUGAGAACUUGGUACUCUUUGUUAGAAACAUGGAAGAACUCUAUGGUGAAGAAAACGUGUCAUUCAACUGCCAUCAGUUGAUCCACUUAGCUGACUGUGUGCGUAACUGGGGGCCUCUCUGGGCAACAUCAGCAUUCAGUUUUGAGAAGAACAGUGCAAAUUUAAGGGCACUGCUUAGCAACAUAAACUACAAUCCUAAAAAAAUUCAGGACAAGUUUCUCUAUUGGCAGUGCCUGCCGAGUCACCUUCGCUCCCUUGUUUCUGACGGAAAUUCUCCAUUAGCCAGAAUUUCACCAGUAAAUGACACCACUGAUUGUUACAAUCUGCUUGGAAAUUCACGGCAUCUGGAUAUCACAGGAUCCAUAAAACUAGCAAUAGAAGAGCUGUUAAAACGACCCGUUUCAUUCAGAUCAGUGGAAGCCUUUGACAGCUUCAUCAACAGAAAUACUGUUUACUCUGUAAACCAUGAAGAGACAGACAGAACAGACUGUGUCAUAAAACUCAAGAAUGGCUGCUAUGGAGAAAUACAGUUCAUCGUCAGGUUUAAAGAGAACUGUGUUUGCACAUCCAACUGUGUGUGCUCGACUAUUUCAGUCAUUGUGGUCCAGCUGUUUUAUAUCAAACUUGAUGCAGAGGGCAGCAGGAUGAUUCCUGACAGUGCAUCAAGGACUAUCUUUGUGGAAGUGGAAAGGACAACUCAGCUCAAAGCCUUCUUCUUGAAGGAUGUUAGGUGUAAAUGCAUGUAUGUGGAUGGUUGGCUGGUGCCUUUACCAAACUCAUAUGAAAGAUAUUAAAGUUCCAGCACAGCUAAGGUGUUUUCUCUGUCUUGUAUAUCAUGGCACAUGGCUGUUUUUACUACAGGAAACUAAAAACUUUUAUUUAUGUUUAUGACAGUGGUAAAGAUGGAAAAAACAAUGUCUUGGCCAAUCUUGGAAAAACUGAACAAUAAUGAAGUUUUUUCAAAGCAGUUUGGAGUCAUUUUGUUCAUAUAUACUGCUUACGUUUUCUUUUGGUGUGACUGUGUGGACAUAAUGUAGUCAGUGCAAUGUAGGAUUAUAUCACUCAUUACUAUAUGUGUAUUAUCUUUAUAUUGGAGGAAAUUAUGGAGUGAUUUGUAAACAGCCAAAAGCUUGCCUUUCCCAACUUUGUAUUCACUACAUAUUUAUCAUCAAUGUUAGUUUACCUCUAAUCAAAAUGAAAUGCAUAUUAUUGUGACACAUAAACAUUUUGUGAAUUAACGCUAAAAAUCCAGGGUGAGUGGAUGAAUGUGGUUUACUGCAUCCUGAUACAGCUUGUUAUUACUGAGAUAACAGAUCAUAAAGCUUCAUAUUACCUCAUUUUAUUGUCUAAUGGCUGAUGAGACUUAUUCUGUUUAAUGUUGCAAUUUGUGCAAGUCUGUUGAAUAUAAUACAGAUUGAUUUGCUCAAGAAUGUUUGUAUCCUGCUACAUAAAAAUGAUUACAAUUAAAGUCUUAUUACUUUAAA